AUGCCUCCCAGACUCUUCACUAAGACGACUAGAAGCCUCUACAUCACCGGAUUCCUGCCAGAGAGACGUGACUAUCGUGGAUCCUCUGGGGAGCCUCAACAACCUCAUGAUGCUGAUGAGGCAGAGAAGAGUCUCUCCACGUCAAAACAGCUCAAGAAACACCAGCAGAGAACCACAGGGAAGAAAUCUCACUUCUGCUCUGACUGUGGGAAAGGUUGCAAAUCUUUAUCAGAACUUAAAAUACACCAGGGAACACACACAGGAGAGAAACCUUUUAGCUGUGACCAAUGUGGGAAGAGUUUUGAUAGAUCUGGCCAUUUGACAAUACACCAGAGAACACACACAGGAGAGAAACCUUUUAGCUGUGACCAAUGUGGGAAGAGUUUUACUACAUCUAGCCAUCUGAAGAUACACCAGAGAACACACACGGGAGAGAAACCUUUUAGCUGUGACCAAUGUGGGAAGAGAUGUACUAGAUAUAGACAUCUGAUUGUACACCAGAGAACACACACAGGAGAGAAACCUUUUAGCUGUGGUCAAUGUGGGAAGAGUUUUACAGCAUCUAGCCAUCUGAAUAUACACCAGAGAACACACACAGGAGAGAAACCUUAUAGCUGUGAUCAAUGUGGGAAGAGUUUUAGUCAAUCUGGAGCUCUGACUCAACACCAGAGAAUACACACAGGAGAGAAACCUUAUAGUUGUGGUCAAUGUGGGAAGAGUUUUGGUCAAUCUGUAGAGCUGACAGUGCACCAGAGAAUACACACAGGAGAGAAGCCUUAUAGCUGUGGUCAAUGUGGGAAGAGUUUUACUACAUCAAGCCAGCUGACUUCACACCAGAGGACACACACAGGAGAGAAACCUUAUACUUGUGGUCAAUGUGGAAAGAGUUUUGGUCAAUCUGGAGGCCUCACGUCACACCAGAGAACACACACAGGAGAGAAAUCUUAUAGCUGUGAUCAGUGUGACAAGAGAUACUCUGAUAAAAUAUCUCUGAUCAAACAUCAGAAAAUACAUACAAAAGACGUUACAGAGAAAGAAGAGGAAGACGCGUUCAGAGUGAAAGAGGAUGACGAAGUUUCAGUGAAAGAAGAGGAGACUGAUGAUGAACGAGAGAGACGUGACUAUAGUGGAUCCUCUGGCGGGCCUCAACAACCUCAUGAUGCUGAAGAGGCAGAGAAGAGUCUCUCCAAGUUGAAACACCAGCAGAGACCCACAGGGAAGAAAUCUCAUUGCUGCUCUGACUGUGGGAAAGGUUACACAUCUUCAUCAGAACUUAAAAUACACCAGAGAACACACAAAGUAGAGAAACCUUAUAGCUGUGAUCAAUGUGGGAAGAGUUUUACUACAUCUAGCCAGCUGACUUCACACCAGAGAACACACUCAGGAGAGAAACCUUAUAGCUGUGAUCAAUGUGGGAUGAGUUUUACUACAUCAAGCAAUCUGAUUCGACACCAGAGAACACACACAGGAGAGAAACCAUUUAGCUGUGAUCAAUGUGAGAAUAGUUUUACUACAUCUUGCUAUCUGACGGUACACCAGAGAACACACACAGGAGAGAAACCUUAUAGCUGUGAUCAUUGUGGGAUGAGUUUUACUACAUCAAGCCAUCUGAUUCGACACCAGAGAACACACACAGGAGAGAAGCCUUAUAUCUGUGAUCAAUGUGGGAAAAGUUUUCCUACAUCUAGCCAGCUGACUUCACACCAGAGAACACACACAGGAGAGAAACCUUAUAGCUGUGAUCAAUGUGGGAUGAGUUUUACUACAUCAAGCAAUCUGAUUCGACACCAGAGAACACACACAGGAGAGAAACCUUAUAGCUGUGAUCAAUGUGAGAAUAGUUUUACUACAUCUUGCUAUCUGACUGUACACCAGAGAACACACACAGGAGAGAAACCUUAUAGUUGUAAUCAUUGUGAGAAGAGGUUUCCUACAUCUAGCCAGCUGACUUCACACCAGAGAACACACACAGGAGAGAAACCUCAUAGCUGUGAUCAAUGUGACAAGAGAUACUCUGAUAAAAGAUAUCUGAUCAAACAUCAGAAAAUGCAUACAUGAAGAAGUUGUUUCUCAAUAUCAAUGAAAUAAUGUCACAAUGUAGAAUGUUUUAACAUUGUAAUAGGAGUAUUUUAAUGAUGUCACAAUGUAGAAUGUUUUAACAUUGUAGUAUGAGUAUUUUAAUGAUGUCACAAUGUAGAAUGUUUUAACAUUGUAGUAGGAGUAUUUUAAUGAUGUCACAAUGUACAAUGUUUUAACAUUGUAGAAGGAGUAUUUUAAUGAUAUUCUACCUUAUCGUUUACCCUGUUCAAUUGAUUGCAGCAUGAUAUGGAUAUUAGCUUCAGGGGAAAAUCCAGGCUCUGAAUUGAUAGAGUAUUAUUUAACCAAAAGUGACAAACUAAAAAACAGCUGUGUUACACUUACUGUGUUGGUGACCCACUUUAAUCAAAAUGCAGCACUUCAAAAUGUAGCUAGCUGUUUUCUACAAGUUGAAAAGCUGCUUGUUUUAAAAAAAUACAUGUAAUAUGAUAAUUGUUGCAGAUGUUUGUGUAUAUACACACAUGAAAGCAGUAUAAUAAAUUGUUCUAUAAUCAA